AACAAGUUCCUCUGUUGUCAUCGGAAACAAGCCAAACCGCCUUUAAGGAUCUGUACCUUAGGAUCCCAUCUAUCCCAUUCCAUUCUGGUCAUUGUAAAUUCCAAGCACGUAAACGACUCUAGUCUCCGGACAACCAUGUUGAUCGUUUGUGUCCCAUAGGAAGACUCUUAUUAGAGAAUACAUCAUGGUUUCUUACAAGUUAUUGACGUUGGGUAUAUUAACUAGCAAUUUCCCUUCGCUAGAGUGUAUAUCAUAUCCUACAUAAGAUUGACAUCUCUUUAAUCACGUCUCGCUACUAUUAAGUAACACUUCGACUUUACCUUUAUAUCUCAACAUCAGCUCAUAACAAUGUCUACAACCACCAACCGCUCCUUCUGGCAAGACAAGACCGGCGUCCCGGGCACUAUCCGCGAGACUCCAAUCCCCUCCACUCUCGCCCAGGAUGAAGUCCUCGUUAAAGUUCGCGCCUGGGGUCUAAACCCUGCCGACGCCUUCCUCCAGGACAGCCCCCUCCCGUUCAUCAAGUAUCCCCUAAUCCCAGGCCAGGAUGUCGCGGGGAUCGUCGAGCGCGUGGGCCCGGGACCCAACUCCCGGCGAUUUAAAAUUGGCGACCGUGUCCUCGGCUACGCGAUGGGAGAGCCGUCCCUGGGUAAACCUGAAAACGGCGCGUUCCAGGACUACGUGGUGCUAGACCACGCUCUAGCUGUUAAGAUCCCAGACUCGCUGCCCUUUGCUGAAGCCGCCGUGUUCCCGCUCUGCUUGGCUACAGCCGGCCACGCGCUCUUCGGACCCAAGUAUCUCGCUCUUCCCCCUCCCAAAGCUUCCGGCGCCCCGAGAACUGGGAAAUCGGUCCUGAUUUGGGGCGGCGCUUCCGGCGUCGGCAGUAACGCGAUACAAUUGGCGAAAGCAGCCGGGUUCGACGUCCUCGCUACAUGCUCGCCGCGGAACUUUGAAUAUGUACUUGGUCUGGGCGCGGAUAAGGUGUUUGACUAUAGCAGCGCGACGGUCGUCGACGACAUCGUGACCGAAAUAGAUAAAAGCAAUUGCGCGGGGAUCUUCCAAGCCGCGGGUAUGAAAGGCGAUGCCGUCGUGCCCUGCUGCCAGAUCUCGCACCGCUCGCGGCAGAAGCCAUUCGUUGCGUGCGCCAACGCUGUUCCGGAGCGGGCGGUGCCGGAGGGUGUUGAAGCAAAAUUUGUGUUUGGUGGGGAGGACGGGAGGGGCAUAUAUUAUGAUACUAGUUCUCAGAUUUUCGGUGGGUUUCUGGAGGAGGCGCUGAGACUGGGGACGUAUAAGGUUGCGCCUACGCCGGAGGUGGUGGCUACUAGGGGGUUGGAGGGGAUUCAGGAGGGGUUGGAUGUCGUGAGGAAGGGCGUUUCGGCGAAGAAGAUUGUUGUUUUGGCGGAAUAGGCUUCUAGAGAUUGAUUUAUAUUCAAGAGUGAAUCACCUUCUGUGGCUUUUUGAUAGUUAUAUUGCUUAGUCUUAGUCUACCCCUAUUCUACCCCCUAUUUCCAAGAUCCUCGAACGAUAAUUGUCUGGCAUGUUUACGUUUCGCCCUGGACCUAUUAGUGGGCGUUGAUUCAUAGC